AUGGCGACUCUAGAUACCCAGCCCCGCUAUCUCUACAAGAUCGUUCCAUCCUCCUCUCCGGUACGGGAGCCCCUCCCUGAGCGGCUUCCCGUUAGCGAGCUGGAUCAAAACGAUGGCUUUGUGCACCUGUCGAUGGCACACCAAGUCGCCAAUACUCUGAACAUGUUUUUCAAAGAAGAGCCACUCGUGUACAUCCUACGCAUCGAGUAUGGUACGGUGAUCUCGGAUAUCCGCUGGGAGUCUCCCGACGGCAAAGUAUGUGGUCCUCGGCCGGGCGAGGGAUUGUUUCCCCAUCUCUACAACGGGCUGAAGUUGGGUAAGGAUGAGGUGGAAAGCAUCGCUAUCUGGCAGAACGAAGGAGGUUGGGACAAAGCAUUGAAGGGAGCCAAACCCUGGCUUGUGUACUGA